AUGGCCGCGAUGCAGCCAGGCUACGGGGCCCCACCGGGCCACUUCGCGGUGGGCGGCCACGUGUAUCGUGGACCGCAAGCACUGGCCCAACCGUACCGUGCUGGAUCGCCCUUGUCGCCCUUAUCGUCCUUGUCGCCCCAGCUUGGUGUCCCUUUGCCACCGGCAGGCUCCGCGAGAGAUAGGAGCAGCUCUCCGGGGGUCACCUCACCCACUUCGCCUGGGCUCCCACUCAUGGCGAGAACAGGACCACGGGCUGCUCUGCCACCUGACGUCGACUUCCGAGGUGGCGUGUCUUUCGGCGGCGCGAGCUACGAGCAAUACACAGACGAGGAGUCUCCGACAGUGUCGGACCAGGAGCUAAAGUCCAUCUACGCCAAGCUGGACAAGAACUCCAACGGCAUCGUGUCCAAGCUCGAGCUCAUUGCUGCAGUGAGUCAAGACAAAAGCAUCGCCAAGCUCCUCGGCAUCGAUGGAGACUCGCUGCUCAGUGAUGAGAAGAGCUUCGAUGAGCUGCACAGCAUCUUCGAGGAAAUCUCAGCCGGCAAGAAGGGCAUCGACUUCGAGUCCUUCUGCAAGCACGUGCGCAAGGCGAAGGCCGACAAAACGCCUAGGUCGAGCCGCAUGCAGGAGAUCUUCAACCUCAUCGCAGGGCGCUGA